AAAAAUGGUGAGAAAGAAUCUUGGCCGUAGAAAAGUAGAGAUGGUGAAAAUGAAAAAUGCAGCAAACCUUCAAGUAACCUUUUCAAAGAGAAGAUCUGGUCUUUUCAAGAAAGCCAGUGAACUCUGUACCUUGUGUGAUGCUCAAGUUGCCAUCAUCGUGUUUUCACCAUCUGGAAAAGUGUUCUCUUUUGGUCAUCCGGAUGUCAACCUCUUGGUUGACUACUCUUCCGGACGUGUCAGCAACACAAACCUUGAUGACCCCAACAGAAAGCUCUAUAUCCAAAACCUCAAUGAUCGCUUAACUGAGGCGAGGGAUGGAAAAGAAAACGAACAAAGGAAAAGGGCUAUGCUGCUCGAAAACGAAAGAGAAAGCAGCAACAACCCUGACAACUGGUGGAGAAACUCUCCAGCAGAACUCAACUUAAGUCAGUUAGCUCAUAUGAAAGAUGCUCUUGAAGGUUUGAUCAAGGAAGUUGGUGAAACCGCAGCUCCUCCUCUAUUUCAUCAAACAACCCCGACCUUUUACGUCGAAACCUCUAUCAAUGCUGCCCCAGCAACUGUUAAUGGUGGGAAUGUCUUCACAAACCAGGGGCUAUUUGAUCAUCCUAUUCUUGCGUUCCCGUUUGGAUUUGAUGUUAUGAAUCGCAUACCAGCUGGGUACAACCAUAGCCAGAUCCAGAACCAGGAGUUUAAGCAAGCUCAUCCUCAUCAUGGACCUCGUUACUAUUAAUUUUAUUUUUAUUUUCUCUCUCGUUGUGUGACUUUUUAAGUCUCCAAUAGAGUGUGUCGCGUCAUUUUCAUUUAAUUUCUAAGCUUAUUUUUUUUUCAUUUGUCGUUGUUGGACCGACCUCCCGAUGUUGCAUGACUUCAUGUAAAGUCUUCGGUCGAUGGUGGUUUGACUUUGUUAUCCCCUGUCGUUUUGUGGUUUCGAUAUUUUAAUGGAAUAAGA